CAGCAGCGCGUGUGUGCGUGUGCACAGGCGAUGCGUGACGCCAGUUGCAAAGGUUACAUGCAUGCCAUGCACGCGCACACACAUACACACACACAUCACAUCGAUAGCGAAGUAGAUCUUUCCGCGCGCAUUGCGGGACAACAAAUAUGUGCCGUUGCAUCUAUGUGCACGCUUCAUUAGACGCAUGCAGGUUUUAGUUGGGUAUAGAUUACGCGUGCGAUGCGCUCGGACGUCGGAAACUGUAAAGUAUCUUCAUGAGUGUCCAAAGUAACAGCAACAGCAGUGGAAGUUUGGACGGAGCGCCAUCUUGCUCUCAGCUCGCGACUGGAUCUCCGACCCCGGGCUCGGUUUCUCCGCUCAAUAUCUGCGCUCCGCCGACACGGAAAGAAGGUAUGGAUGAAUUGCAUUCUUUGGAUCCGAGGCGGCAGGAGCUUUUGGAGGCGCGUUUCAUUGGAGCGGUUAGUGGGAACACUGGAGGCAGCACAGGGAGCGCCAGCUGCGGAGCUAAAGGCUUGAACAAUAAUGAAUGUUCCAGUCACAGUUUCGGCAGUCUGGGGUCGUCCAGUGACAAGGAGUCAGAGAGCUCCGAUAUGAAGAAAGGAGGAUCUCCUGCAUAUUCAACACCAGAGAAGAAGCACUCGGAGUCAUCCAGAGGACGCAAGAGGAAAGUUGAUAACCAAUCAGAGAGCAGUCAAGGGAAGUCUUCCGGCCGAGGGCCCAAGAUCAGUGAUUAUUUUGAUUUUCAGGGAGGAAACGGAUCAAGUCCUGUCAGGGGUCAUCCUACGGUCCUGCGCUCACCUCAAAACUCUCAUUCUGCACCUGGGGCGAUGGUAAGACAAAACAGUUCUUCGCCGACCAGCCUGUGUUUCACCGACCACACCAUGAACCCAAGACAGCUGAGCAGUAAAAAUCUGCAGACGGAUCUGACGCUGUUGAAACUCGCCGCGCUCGAGAGCAAUAAGAAUCUUGACCUUGAGAAGAAAGAAGGAAGGAUUGAUGAUCUGCUCAGGGCGAACUGUGACCUCCGCAGGCAGAUAGAUGAGCAGCAGAAGCUGCUGGAACGUUUCAAGGAGCGUCUGAACAAAUGCACUACAAUGAGUAAAAAGCUGCUCAUUGAGAAGAGUACUCAAGAGAAGCAGUCGUGCCGUGAAAAGAGCAUGCAGGAUCGGCUGCGUCUCGGGCACUUCACGACGGUCCGGCACGGAGCGUCCUACACUGAACAGUGGACCGAUGGAUACGCCUUCCAGAACUUAGUCAAGCAACAGGAGUGGAUUAACCAGCAGAGGGAAGAGAUCGAGAGGCAGAGGAAACUUUUGGCCAAACGCAAACCCCCCAGCACGCCCUCCACUCAGAGCCUGACUCCCAAUGAGUCCAAACAGAGAAAGACCAAAGCUGUCAAUGGGGCAGACAACGACCCUUUCCUUAAACCCAGCCUGCCUACACUGUUGACUGUAGCUGAAUAUCACGAGCAGGAGGAAAUCUUCAAACUUCGAUUAGGGCAUCUCAAAAAGGAGGAGGCCGAGAUCCAGGCGGAGCUGGAGAGACUGGAGCGUGUGAGGAAUCUUCACAUUAGAGAACUCAAAAGAAUCAACAAUGAGGACAGCUCUCAGUUUAAAGACCACCCGACUCUUAAUGAAAGAUAUCUGCUCUUACACCUGCUGGGCAGAGGAGGUUUCAGUGAAGUUUAUAAGGCAUUUGACCUGUUUGAGCAGCGGUAUGCUGCUGUAAAAAUCCACCAGCUUAACAAAAACUGGAGAGAAGAGAAGAAAGAAAACUAUCACAAACAUGCUUGUAGAGAAUACAGAAUCCACAAGCAGCUGGACCAUCCCAGAAUAGUCAAACUCUACGACUACUUUUCCCUGGACACUGACACAUUCUGCACUGUUCUGGAGUUCUGUGAAGGGAACGAUCUGGAUUUCUACCUGAAGCAGCACAAGCUGAUGUCCGAGAAAGAAGCUCGGUCCAUCGUCAUGCAAAUCGUCAACGCUCUCAGAUACCUGAAUGAGAUCAAACCUCCCAUCAUUCAUUAUGACCUGAAACCAGGAAACAUCCUGUUGGUGGAUGGAACGGCAUGUGGGGAGAUCAAGAUCACAGACUUUGGUUUGUCUAAAAUCAUGGAUGAUGAUAGUUACGGAGUGGACGGAAUGGAUCUAACCUCGCAGGGAGCAGGAACAUACUGGUAUUUGCCACCAGAGUGUUUUGUGGUUGGUAAAGAACCCCCAAAGAUCUCGAAUAAAGUAGACGUGUGGUCGGUGGGGGUCAUCUUCUUCCAGUGCCUGUAUGGACGAAAGCCGUUUGGUCAUAAUCAAUCCCAGCAAGAUAUACUUCAGGAAAACACCAUUCUCAAAGCUACUGAGGUCCAGUUUCCCGCCAAACCCGUGUCUAGCAACGAAGCCAAGGCGUUUAUCCGGCGCUGUUUGGCUUACAGGAAGGAAGAUCGCUUUGACGUUCAUCAGCUGGGCAGUGACUCGUACCUUCUUCCGCACAUGCGCCGAUCCAAUUCGUCAGGAAACCUGCAGGCCAUGCCCGCCAGCCCUGCUGCUGCUUCAGGAAUCAUCUCUUACUGAUCUCACUGGCUGAUCGAUAACGUUUGACGGUUCCGAAUGAUGAUUUCCCUCCCUUCGCCUCCAUCGUGUGGACAAAGGGGGAGGGGCCAAGUGUCGACUGAAGGACACGCCCAUACCGGCCACAGUGACUGCCGUUGUUAUUGGGGCAGGAAUGGCCGAUGUCAUUUCCUGUGUGGAUCCAAAUGUCAGUCAGAGCUAGAAAUGGAUAUUUUUUUUACCCAAGGCAUUUUGUGAAGUGGGGUAGAUUUGGGAUCGACUUCUCGCUAAUGUCCUCCCCAGGCUACGCCUCUUUAGCGGUGCUUUGUUUUGUGUAAGUGUGAAACGUAGAGACGAUUAAUUGUAGUGCGAUUGGAAUGAGUGACACAAAAGAGCAUUUCUUUGUGUGCGUGUGUGUCUGCGAGUGUUUGUUUUACAUCAUUAUACAUGUGUGAACAGAACAAAGGGUGUGUUACAGAAAUGGUGUCUGUUGUAGUUCACCGUAACAUGAAUGUUGUCUGUGUGUAUGCAUAGAUGGGCUUAAUAUUUACAAAUGUGGGCCAGUCACAUUUACCAUACAAUAUAUAAUAAAAUUAUAUUUUCAGUUAAUAAAAUCAAACCUAUCUUUAGAACUUUUAAGAUUGAUUUACAUUCUAUCACUACUUUCCUGACAACUAUGCAUAUUUUCCCAUCAAAUGAUUGUACUGUAAUGCAGAAAAACGUUCAUGAUUAAUUUACUAAUUUGUUUAUUUAGCAUUACAGUGAGAAAUUUGGGGAAAUGUGUUUAAUUGUCCGGAAAGAAGUAUCAAUGUAAGUGGUUUUAAAACAUGCUUACUUUUAAUGCAACCCAGAGAGACUCGACAGGGUUUGUGAAAUAUAGAUGGAGUCCUGCAUGUAGAUGGAGAUACAGUUAAAAAAAUGGAGUCAAUCCAGCCUGAGAUGGAUUCAUAUUUGGAUUUUCUUAUUAAUUUUAAGCUAUUGUAUGAAUCAACAUCACUGAUGUUGCUUUCAGACACCUAGUCUUUUUUGUUUUACUUAAAAUGUUUGAAUUUAUAUAAGAAUUUUGAUUUACCAGAAAACCACGGAAUGGAAAAAUGAAGUUAUGUCUGAAUGAGGUGUGAGCCCAAGGUUCGCGUGCGCGCGUGCGUGCCUGUGUGUCUGGUGUAAAAGCAGUGAUUCAUAGAACAGACGGAAGGUGGGCCGGACCCCGCCCAAGAUGUUUUAACCCCUUUAUGCCCAGACCAUGUGCUGUCGCUUGGCAACCCCGCUGAUCCCAGAACCCGAGUCCGGUCAGCUCCUCCGAACCGCGCUGACCGGCCCGUGAUAAAACUGUCAAAGCUUCCAGACUCUGUUGUCAGGGGAAGAAUCCCAGCUUUGGUUGUUUUCUCUGUCCAAAUUAACCCCAGAAGCAGUUUUGAGCUCAACAUAUGGUGAUUUGUCUCUAAAGUGCUGCUGCAAUUGUAGAGAAUGUAGCCAAAAGAGAAAUAAACAUUUUGAAAACA